AUGCGACUUCGUCUGUCAGGACAGCCUCCGAAUCUCAAGAAGUACAUGGAUGAUAAACUCCAAAUCAAGCUUAAUGCUAACCGAAUGGUUGUUGGAACUCCUUGUGGGUUUGACCAGUUCAUGAAUCAUGUUGUCGAUAACACAGUGGAGGUGAACGGUAACAACAAAACAGACAUUGGAAUGAUGUUUUUAGGUUGUACGGGUUCUGAUGGAGAGAUGGUUUCUGUCAAAUCCUUGAAAAGUAACAAGGCUGUCUCCUCUGGUGACCCUCAUGAUGCUCUUAGUGAUGUCAAUCUGCAAGUUAAAUUGAAUGAUACAAGACAUGCUUGGAAAUAG